UAUUCUAUUGCACAGUGGUAUAAUUUAUUUCAACAGUUUCUUAUUGGACAUUCGGAUCUUAACAAGGAAUUGAACUUAAGUAAUUUAGAAAUUUUUGAAAUAUGAAAGGUCAGUUGGAGUUGAGACCAAACACAAAGUUCACAGAUUGAAGACUUGCCUCCAGAAUAUCCUUUGACCAGAAGAGGGAAUGCAAGAGGCAGGGCGAGAGGCAAAACGCUGGGAAAUUGCCCCAGCCAAUGGGGAAGCGGUGGGUAAGCAAGGAAUUACUGCCGGGUAGGAGUUCUCGGAGCGGCGCCCUACUGCUGGAGUGGAGGCCAUGCUCCAAGGCAAGCUUUCCCCAGACUGCAACUCAGAUACAACGAAGUGUGUUUGGGUUAUGCAGAGUGCAGUUAUGCGUGGGCAUCUCCAGCCUCCGGCGAAGACAUCCUGCCCAGGCAGGGUCUGAACCCCCACCGCCUCCAGCCCACGCGCGUAGGGGGCGUACACGUGGUGACCUGCCUGGGGCCGGUUCCCGGCUCCGGCUCCUCCUCCCUCCAGCUCUUGCUCGGCUUCUGCAGUAUCACGUGCGGCCGCGCCGGGUGCAGGAUGGCGGCGGCGGCGGCGGCAGCAGCGGUGGGUGUAAGGCUCCGGGACUGCUGCAGCCGAGGCGCUGUGCUCCUGCUCUUCUUCUCCCUGUCUCCUCGGCCCCCGGCCGCCUCCGCCUGGCUGCUGGGCCUGAGGCCCGAGGACACCGCUGGAGGCCGCGUGUCCCUGGAAGGGGGCACCCUGCGUGCCGCCGAAGGCACCAGCUUCCUCCUGCGCGUCUAUUUCCAGCCCGGGCCCGCGGCGCCCACGGCGACUGUGCCUGCACCCACCCUUUCCCCGGGGGAGAACGGCACCGGUGACUGGGCUCCGCGGCUCGUGUUUAUCGAGGAGCCCCCAGGCGGCAGUGGCGUGGCGCCCAGCGCUGUCCCCACGCGCCCCCCAGGGCCGCAGCGCUGCCGCGAGCAGAGCGACUGGGCGUCGGACGUGGAAGUCCUGGGGCCCCUGCGCCCCGGAGGCGUGGCAGGCUCGGCUCUAGUUCAGGUGCGGGUGCGGGAGCUGCGCAAGGGCGAGGCAGAGCGGGGCGGCGCGGACGGUGGCGGGAAGCUCUUCUCGCUGUGCGCCUGGGACGGGCGCACCUGGCACCACCACGGCGCCGCUGGCGGCUUCCUGCUGCGCGUCCGCCCGCGGCUGUACGGCCCGGGCGGGGACCUGCUGCCCCCCGCGUGGCUGCGGGCUCUCGGGGCUAUCCUGCUGCUCGCCCUGUCUGCACUGUUCAGCGGCCUGCGCCUGAGUCUGCUCUCGCUGGACCCGGUGGAGUUACGGGUGCUGCGGAACAGCGGCUCGGCCGCCGAGCAGGAGCAGGCGCGCCGCGUGCAGGCCGUGCGCGGCAGGGGGACCCAUCUGCUUUGCACCUUGCUCCUGGGCCAAGCCGGAGCCAACGCGGCUCUGGCCGGCUGGCUGUAUGCCUCGUUGCCGCCGGGCGUCGGGGAUCCGGAGGAAGGCUACGGCGAGGCAGGGAUUCACUUCCCGUGGCUGCCGGCGCUCGUGUGCACCGGCGCCGUGUUCCUGGGCGCCGAGAUCUGCCCCUACUCGGUGUGCUCGCGGCACGGGCUGGCCAUCGCCUCGCACAGUGUGUGCCUUACCCGGCUCCUGAUGGCGGCCGCCUUCCCUGUGUGUUACCCACUGGGCCGCUUGCUGGACUGGGCGCUGCGUCAGGAGAUCAGCACCUUCUACACGCGGGAGAAGCUGCUUGAGACGCUGCGGGCCGCGGACCCCUACAGCGACCUUGUGAAGGAAGAGCUCAACAUCAUCCAGGGCGCCCUGGAGCUUCGCACCAAGGUGGUGGAGGAGGUGUUGACCCCCCUCGGGGACUGCUUCAUGCUGCGCUCCGACGCCGUGCUGGACUUCGCCACGGUCUCCGAGAUCCUGCGCAGCGGCUACACUCGCAUCCCCGUGUACGAGGGCGACCAGCGGCACAACAUUGUGGACAUUCUCUUUGUCAAGGACUUGGCCUUCGUGGACCCCGACGACUGCACCCCGCUCCUCACCGUCACUCGCUUCUACAACCGGCCCCUACACUGCGUCUUCAAUGAUACCCGGCUGGACACGGUGCUGGAGGAGUUUAAGAAGGGAAAAUCUCACCUGGCCAUCGUUCAGCGGGUGAAUAAUGAGGGAGAAGGGGACCCCUUCUACGAGGUGAUGGGCAUUGUCACACUGGAGGACAUCAUAGAGGAGAUCAUCAAAUCAGAGAUCCUGGAUGAAACUGACCUCUAUACCGACAAUCGGAAAAAGCAGAGGGUCCCGCACCGGGAGAGGAAGCGGCAUGACUUCUCCUUGUUUAAACUUUCCGACUCGGAGAUGAGGGUGAAGAUCUCUCCACAGCUUCUGCUGGCCACACACCGCUUCAUGGCCACAGAAGUGGAGCCCUUUAAGUCUCUGUACCUGUCGGAGAAGAUCCUGCUUCGGCUCUUGAAACAUCCAAAUGUGAUCCAGGAGUUGAAGUUUGAUGAAAAGAACAAGAAGUCUCCAGAACACUACCUCUACCAGCGCAAUCGCCCCGUGGACUACUUUGUGCUGCUUCUGCAGGGUAAAGUGGAGGUGGAGGUUGGGAAGGAAGGCCUUCGCUUCGAGAAUGGAGCCUUCACCUACUAUGGUGUCCCAGCCAUCAUGACCACUGCUUGCUCAGAUAACGAAGUGCGGAAGGUUGGAAGUCUGGCUGGAUCCUCUGUCUUUUUGCCCGUCUCUGUGUCUCGUACCUUCGCCUUCAGCAGAGGGGACUCUCUGGCAGGCUCCCCAGUAAACCGGUCCCCUUCUCGUGGCAGCGGGUUGAACCGCUCCGAGUCUCCGAACCGUGAGCGCAGUGACUUUGGGGGGAGCAACACCCAGCUGUGCAGCAGCAGCAACAACCUCUACACACCGGACUACUCAGUCCACAUCCUCAGCGAUGUGCAGUUUGUGAAGAUCACACGGCAGCAGUACCAGAACGCGCUCACCGCCUGCCACAUGGACAGCUCACCCCAGUCCCCUGACAUGGAGGCUUUCACUGAUGGAGACUCCACCAAGGCCCCCACAACCCGGGGCACACCCCAGACUCCCAAGGAUGACCCUGCCAUCACCCUGCUGAACAACAGAAACAGCCUGCUGUGCAGCCGCCCCGAUGGGCUGAGAAGCCCCGGUGAGGUCGUUUACCUGAGGAUGGAGGAGAUGGCCUUCACCCAGGAGGAAAUGACGGACUUCGAGGAGCACAGUACACAGCAACUCUCACUGUCUCCUGCAGCUGUUCCCACCAGGGCAGCAUCAGAUAGUGAAUGUUGUAAUAUCAACCUGGACACAGAGACCAGCCCCUGCAGUAGCGACUUUGAGGAAACUGUGGGCAAGAAGCUGCUGAGAACCUUGAGUGGUCGAAAAAGGAAGAGGUCAUCAGAUGGAGAGCGAGCCUCUGAGGAGAACUCCAACUUAACGCCUCUGAUCACAUGAUGGGGCAGACUGCAUUUGCUGGGUGUGUGAGAUUGCAGAGCUUUGGGGGAGAACCCACCCUCCCAUCAUCUGCUCCCCCCCAAAGCCUCCCACAGGUGACAGAGCAUUCUGCUUUCCUUACCACCUCUUCACCCCUAGCUGUCAGUUUGGCAGAUUUUCCCUCAUUGCCUCCAGUUUGACUCAGAGCCUUGCUGUGGCCGUAAUGGAAGGAGGUGCCUGCAAUGGAACAUGCUAGAAAUGGUCUUGUCCACAGCACAGUCUGGAACUGGAGAAGAAAUGACCCCAAGCUGACAGUGCCACUCUGGGACCCCUGUUGGCCUUUGUUGUUUGGGAUCCCCUGAUGCCAUAUUUCAUGCUUAGCUUAAUACAGAAGGUGCCACCGGCAGACAGGGACAUAGGAGGCUGGAGUAGCAGGUGUGAAGGUUAAUUUCAGGAGAUGCACCAAGAAUUCCUCCAGAACUUUAGAACAGAGGGACUCAGCUAUGUUGGCAUGUGAAGUUACAGUACAGAAAACUGUCAGUGACCAGUUUCCUGUUAGAUAAGGGUUUCAGCAGCCUGGGAAGUGUGUCUCAGCUGGAAUGGAAAGAAUGUGAAAUGGAACCUCAAGUCACUGUUUUUCCCAGGGACGCAUCUGUUUUGGCUCCCAAUCAGCAGUCAUCAAUCCAUCAAUAAAUCUGCUCUGGAAGAGGAGGAGCAGGGAGCAGAGAGACCCAAUUGGGAGCCAGAGAUGGAACUUCAGAGAUGGAACUUCAGGUUUUAAGAUCAAAUCAAAGCAAAAAGAAAAAUAAUUAUAUGGAAAAAUUCUAAGCUGUUAAAGUGAGUUUAGCCAUGACAAACCAAAGAGUGCCCAGGUCAGCCAAGAAGGAUGCAAGCUCUCGUGGGACUUCAGUGUGCAUCCCACAGGAACAGUGAAGAAUCACUCUUCUUUUUCAUCCAUUCCUCUCACCCCCACCCUUACUCCACCCCAGCAGGUCAGCUAAGUGUACUUUAUGCCGAGAACUUACUAGAUCUCUGGGUUUUCACCUGGAUGUUGGGGUAGAUGCAAUUCCAAGCGUAACCACCAGGUGGCAGAAUGACUGCAUAUACCUACUUAAUAAAUCGUUCUGAUGAGGAACCACACACCCAGACUUUGGGAAAAUGUGGAAGUAAGUGAAGGUUGUCCUUGGGACAUCUGUCUCCCUUUCUGACCUGUCUCCCACCCCUUGGGUCCCUUCAGUCAGGGAUCCAGUGAUCCAGCGCCGCCUGCUGAAUCUCCAAACCAUUCCCAAACUUUUCCAUCCAGGUUUACCACCCCUUUCCUCUAAAACCAUUACUCCCAUCUCUCCACACCCUUUCAAUCAAUAAUCACAUGAAGAGGUGGGAGAUUGAUAAUUCCUCUGGGUUAUUUGCAUCUCAAAAGAAAAUGCUUACCCACAGGAACCUUUAACUCAGGGGUUCUUAACUUGGGGUCCAUCACCCCAGAGGGUCCAUUGUUGGACUUCAGAGGGUCUAUGAAAGCCCUAGCACUGUCCGAAUUUAGUAUAUGUGUUCUUACGCGUGUUUUCCAGAAGCCUACAGCUUUCAUAAAAUUCUCACAGAUCUCAGACCCACCAAGGGUUAAAAGCCACUAUUUUAACUAGUGGAACUUUCAGCCCAAAGUUUCUGCAAUGCAGAGUGAAUAGUGGGCAGUUUGAGACAGAUUUUUAGUUAUAAGUGGUCUUCUCAAGUGUCCGUCACCUCAAUGGGGAAAGCUGGCACCCACCAAGCCGUGGAAGUCCUCAGAAAUUCUUGGCACGCCCUAGAGUACUGUACAACUUGGACCCCACAUAACGCGGCCCCUGCUUCCCCGCCAAACCAGAGCAGGUAUUGCAGACAGGAGGGCCACAGCACGUGGAAGUAAAGACUUUUCAGCUGGAGAUGGCUUUUCCAGUAAUGUAUUAUCGGCUUCAUACCGCUUGCCUGGUUCUGCCUGAGGCUCAGCAGUGCAUGACUUCUCGUAAAUAACUCCGCAGCCACCACCCACCCCCAAACCUACUCUUGCCUGGUAGGAAUAGGCAAAGUGUCAGACACCCUUGGUGCUGGUUGCCUCAGACCCAAACCAGUGAACGGUGAGUUUCCAGCAAGAACUGCCAUCAUGCAGUCUUGCCCCGCUGGCCACUGGCCCAAGGGAGCCUGCCUGGCUAGUCUUCCCUACCCCUUAGGCCACGGGGCUCGGGCCACUGCUGCUGCAGUACACCCCUCCCUUUGCAAAGUCCCCUAAGGAGCCUGUCACCACUCCUUUCCUUAUUCCUCGCCGCCUCCCCUCCCAAGGUUUUCUUCAGGUUAAAAAAAAGUUUAAAAAAAAAA